AUGGGGAAGAGGAAGUCGAGGAGCUCCAAGUCGAUGGUGGCGCCCAAGAAGCCGCCGAAGCUGGACACGGAGUUCGCCUGCCCGUUCUGCGGCCUCCCCGACGCCGUCGGGUGCCUCAUCGACCUGAAGCACAGGUUCGCCAGGGCGUCGUGCCGCAUCUGCCAGGAGAGCUACGCCACCAGGGCCAACGCCCUGACGGUGCCCGUCGACGUCUACAGCGAGUGGAUCGACGCCUGCGUGGACGCCAACGAGGGCGUCGCCCACCGCCGCUGCCGGCCGCGCCUGGCUGACGCCGGAGUCCACGAAGACGACGUGUGA